AUGAAAAGCGGCAGCAGCAGCAGCAACAAAGUAGCAGCAAGUAGCAGCAGCAGCAGCAGCAAAGAAUGUGACGAGGGCUCUGUGGAAGUCUUGCUGUGUGCAUGCAGGUACUUUGCAUUCUCCAGACGGGAGAUAAGAGCAGGCCAUUGGUCUGCUGCUGCUGCGCUGCUGCUGCCUCUCACCCCGCUGCUUCAACCGCUGCUGUCCCUUCCGUGGGCCCCACAGCUUCAAAGCGAAGCAGCAGCAGCAGCAGCAGCAGCAGCAGCAGCCGCAGGUGCGGAGGCACCCUCUUGGACAUGCUUCGCAGAAAGUGCCGCAGUUCAGCAAGAAGUAGUGGAGGUGCUUGACUCGGACAGCGAAGGCAGCAGCAGCAGCGGCAGCAGCAGCUACAGCAGCAGCAGCAGCAGCAACAAUAGCAACAGCAGCAACACCGACGUGCCUAAAUCUUCUUUGCCGUUAAGGGCUUCCCCAUGGAAAGGCUCUUCAUCAAGUGAAGCCGCAGCAGGAACACCAGCGACUUUAAGUACAGCAAUAACUGCAGCAGCAGCAGCAACAGCAGCAGCAGCAGCAGCAGCAGCAUCGCAGCAACGUGCAAAAAGGGGCCCUGUGAGCGACCUUGCAAGCACACCUCGCCGGAAGCUUGCACGCGCUGCAGACGCGGAGCGGCAGCAGCAGCAGCAGCAGCAGCAGCAGCAGCCGCAGCAGCAGCAGCAGCUGCUGCUGCUGCAGAGAGCGUGCCUUACUGAAGCACGGCGAACGCCACGAACUCAUCUAGGGCAAGGGAGAUCGCCCUUUGGGGGCUCUGCUGCAGCGCAGCAAAGCUGCCGAGCUUCUCCAUUUGCUGCCUCCCCUUUUGCCCGCACUCCAUCGGCAGCACCGGGAGCAGCAGCAGCAGCAGCAGCAGCAGCAGCAACAGCAGCAACAGCUGCGGCGCUGUCUCUUGGCAGCCGCAGGGCAAACACCCCCAUUCUACACAGACGACUCACAGCAGCAGCAGCGGCUGCAGCAGGUGCUGCUGCUGCUGCUGCUGCUGCCUCACCGUUUGCGUGUGCCAAAGGCACUCCCCUCAGGGCCACAACCCUCCGCAGCAGCACAAGCCAAGGGGCAGCAGCAGCAGCAGCAGCAGCAGCAAACAGCGCCAAGUCUGUAGCGCUGCAUGUACACACAUACGCAGUCCACAUCAGUUUGCUGCAGAGUGCAGCAGUGGGGCUUCAGCAGCUGGAGGCAGCAGCAGCAGCAGCAGAGCAGCUGCUUCAGCAGCUGCUGCUUUCCUGCAAAAUUGAAGUUCUAGAUUACGUGGCUUUUUGCAUUGCGGCUGCUUACAAGCCCCAUAUACAACAGCAGCAGCAACAGCAGAAAUACAUGCUGCAGCAGCAGCAGCGACAGCAGCAACAACAGUUUGAUGGAGAGAUGAUGGGCACUGUAGCUCCUCUAGCUCUGGAAAUUAGGGAGAUUAUCCGCAUUUCCAUAAAUGCGAAGUUGCAGCUGCACCUGCGACAGCUGCAGCAGCAGCAGCAGCAGCAGCAGCAGCAACAGCACCUUCAGCUGCACGAAUUCGAACGAAAUGAAGAAAGCGACGAAGCAGUCAUUGACUGCGAUGCACCGUUGGAGUGCAGCAGCAGCGGCAGCAUCGCGCGCAGCAGCAGCAGCAACAACAGCAGCGCGAGCUGCAGCAGCGGCAGCAGCAGCAGUAUCUCCUGCAACCCUUUUGUGGCUGCCGGCUGUGUCUCAGCCACGGCAGCUGCGCAGGGAGCGGCAGCAGGUGCAGCAGCAGCAGCUGCUGAAGCAGCAAAAAUGUGGCCCCUUUGGGGCGGCUCUGAUGAGCUGCUGCUGCGCCUCUCCGGCAGCAAUGCACGCAGCGCAGCGCGCGAGGCUUCUGCUGCAGCUUCUGCAUCCAGCUACGAGCAGCAGCAGCAGCAGCAGCAGCAGCAGCAGCAGCUGCAGCAGCAGGACGAUGAGUCUAGCUUGUGGCUGUCCCGCCUGCUUUGCCUUGAGUGGCUUGUGCUGCAGCAACGCAUGCUAGAAGAGGCCCUGCAGCACACAGCAGCAGCCCCGGCGAAGCACCUGGAUAGGCUGCUGCCGAUUGUGCUGCUGGGUGCUGCUCUGCAGCAGCAGCAACCUCAGCGCCUGUACGCUGCUGCUGCUGCUUUCACUGAGGAUGCCCUCAGUCGGCUACGAGCUCUGUGCAGCAGCAGGUGCAGCAGCAGCAGUAGCAGCAGCACCGGCAGCAGGACUUCUUCGGCGCUGCUGCACUCCAACGGAGAGCAGCUGCAGCAGCAGCAGCAACGGGCGCUGCUGCGGCAGCUGCUGGAAUGGAUUAGCACGGAAGCUGCAGCAUCUUUGGGACAUUUCAGCUGCUGCUUCUCCCGUGUUGCCGCCUUUGCAUGGCAGCGCGGCGCAGCGCUGCAGCAGCAACAGCAGCAGCAGCAGCAGCACCGCCGUUGUUCCCAACACCUCGCUGAGCUGCGGUCCCCCGUGCAGCUUCAGCAGCAGCAGCUGCAGCAAAACCAGCAGCAACAACAGCAGCAAGAGUGCGCAUGCGGUGCAUGCGAGAGCGCGUCUGCUGCAGCAGCACCAGGGGGCUGCACGUGGCAGCGCGCUGUGCUGCUGCUGCUGCUGCAGCAGAUCCAUUGUGCAGGCCAUUGUUCUAUUAGCUGGCUGCAGUCUACCGCUGCUCUAGCAGACCGUGUGCUCUCGCUGCUGCCUUCGUCAUCACUGCAGCAGCAGCAGCAGCAGCAGCUGAACACCGCUGCUGCGGUUGCUGCCUUCCGCUUCCCCUUUAGCAGCUGCAGCAAUGAGCCACCUUCUCCUGCAGCAACCCGCGCUGCGCCGCAGCCUGCAGCAGAAGCAGCAGCAAAUUUACUAUCCGAGGCCGAUUUUUCUGGUUUUGCAUUCUUUCAAGGGGCCCUUAGCGGAGAGCAGCAGCAGCAGCAGCAGCAACGGUCGCUGCUGCUGUGGUUGCGCGCGUCAGUUGGCUCCGCGCUCUCUUCGGCCCUCCUUUUCAGCUGGCCAGACAACAGCAGCAGCAGCAACGGCAGCAGCAGCAGCAGCAGCGACAGCAGGAGCGCCGGUGACGGCAGCCUCUCUGAGGGAGCUGCAGCGGCUGCUGCUGCAGCUUCUACGCCGCCUGACAUUAAGCGCAGCAGUGUUGCGCCUUCCCAAUGCUGCUGCUGCUGCUGCAAGCCUUGGGUUUCCCUUGCCAGUUGUGUAGAGGAAGAGCCUAAAAGCCCAGCAGCAGCAGCAGCAGCAUCAGCAGCAGCAGCAGCAACAGCAGCAGCAGUCUCGCGUCCGCUGCAGCUGCUGCGGCUGCAGCAACAGCUGAUAACGGAGCAGCAUCAGCAUGUCUGCUGCAGCCUGUGCUGGUGGGCUGCAGCAGCACGCAGAACGUGGCGGGCCAAGAGGGCAGCGCGCGCAGCAUUUUGUGCUUUGUUGCUGGCACUGCAGCAGCAGCAGCAGCAGCGGCAGCAGCAGCGGCAGCAGCAGCUGCAGGCGCAUGAGUUUCUAGCGGCAUUUGACCCCGAUGCUGCUGCUUCUGACGCGGCCUCCCCUUUUGCUUCAAAGGCUGCCAGCAGCAGCAGGGGCGUGCAGCAGGCUGCUGCUGACGAGCUGCUGCAGUGGCUAGUGGGGUGCUGCGCUGCAGUGGCAGCAGGAGCAGCAGCAGCGACUGCCGCCGCAGCACCAGCAGCAGCAGCAGCAGCAACUGCAGGGCCUGGCAUUUCAAGGGCUGAGUUCCUUUCCAGUCCGCGGACUUUCUGCUGCUACAUUGGCGCAGCAGCAGCCCCUGGAGCAGCAGCAACAGCAGCAACGCCACGCUCCGCAGCAGCACCAACAGCGCGGCAAGCAGCAGGCGAAGACUUUGCUUCUCCCUUUGCUGCUACAGCACGCGCAGCAACAGCAGCAGCAGCAGCAGCAGCAGCAGCAGCACCAUCGAAAGGCCCUGAAGGGCCUGCGCUUUUUCUGCCUCCUUUAGUUGAUUUGCUGCAGCUUGCUGGCGACCUCAGCGCAGCAGCAAUAGCUACUGAAGACUACCUGCUGCAGCUGGACGUCUUGUCACUCUCUGCUGCAGCGUUGCUGCCCUUCUGGCAGGCUGCUGCCUUUGGCUGGCAGCAGCAGCUCCCCCGUCCGCUGCUGCCGCAGCAGCAGCAGCAGCAAGACGCCGAUAGCCUGAUUACGGAAUAUGAGGAAUGCCGCAGCGAAGCAGACAACCAGUUUGCUGCUGCAUGCAUUCUUCUGGGGCUAAGCCGCGCCAUUCGUGCUGCUGCUGCUGCUGCUGACCGAGGUGGCAGCAGCAGCAGCGCCUCCGCUGCAGCAACCCCACCUGCUGCUGCUGCUGCUUCGGGGUGGCUUGAGACUGGAGUGCAGCUGCUGAAAAGCUGGGCAAACCUGCAGGUGAGUCGGCUGCUACCCCUUGCAGCAGCUGUUGACACCGCUAUCACUAGCAGCAGCAGCAGCAGCAGCAGCAGCAGCAGCAAUAGCACAGUGAGGGACCUCCGCCGGGCUCUGGAAGCAGCAGAAAAGAGGCAUCUGAGUCACAAGUGCGGAGACAGCAGCAGCGCGGAUGGCGGCAACGCUGGCGAUCGAGUUGCUGCUGUUGCUGCUGCUGCCCCCGCUGCUGCAGCUACCAGCAGCAGCUAUAAAGGCGGCACUCUGCUGGCUCUUUCUGCUGCCCACUUUAUCAUGAUGCAUGCGCAUGCAGCAGCAGCAGCAAUGGAGGCAGCAGACAGCAACGAAGCCUCGGCCAUUUCAUUACGUUGUGCUGCCGCGGAUGAGUUGCUGCUGCUGCAGUUGUCCGGCCAGCUGCAGCGGAAGGAGCAGCAGCAAAAGGGCGUUGCACCUCAGCAGCAGCCGCAGCAGCGCGUUUUUCUUCUGACGCUGCAGCAAGUCGAAUAUGUGCUGCUUGCAGCAGCGCCUUUGCAGCAGCAGCAGCAGCAGCAGCAACAAAAGCAAUGUGCAGCGGCACAAGAAGCGCUGCCGAUCCUGCUGCUGCCGCAGCGGUGGCUGCCUGCAGAAGCCCCUGUGGCGGUGGCUCGCUUCCUGCAGCAGCUGCUGCUCGUGCCGCCGCAGCAACACGAGCAGCAGCUGCAGCAGCAGCCGCAGCAGGAGCAGCAAAAGCAGCAGGAUCAGCAGCAGCAACUGCUUUCGGUGCUGCAAAAAGCUCCACAACUGCAGCAGCUUUUACAAGACCCAGGCGACAGAGCCUCAGCAGCAGCAGCAGGAGCGAAGACAGCAUCGACAGCAGCAGCAGCAGCACCAACACAAAAAGUGGCUCUGCCUGCAUGCAGCAGCAGCCCAUUGCGCAUUUGGGGGGCAUCUGCUGCCCUUGGCGAGGCAGCAGCAGCCGCAGCAGCAGCAGCAACAGCAAUGUUGUCUGCAGUUGCUUGCAGCAGCAGAGGGCUUGCCGCUGUUCCACUGUCCCGCAGUCUGCUUCCCCGGCCGCUUAUAUCCAGAGGCUGCAGCAGAAGCAGCAGAAGCAGCAGCAGCAGCAGCAGCAGCAGCAGCAGCAGCAGCAGCCAGUGGCCAGGGCCCCCAGGGGCCUUCAGACUGCAGAAAGCCCUGGAGGCCCCCAGGGGCCUCAGAGUCCCCUUAAGCCCGGGGCCCUUCGUGGCUGGGCACUGGCCAUUUGGGGGCACUUCGUCGUUUGCUGCAUCUACUUUGCUGCAGCAGCAGCAGCAGCAGCAGGCAGCUCUGUGGGCCGCAGCAACCCUGGGACAAAUGGCAGCAGACAGCAGCACCGCCUGCGACCUGCUGCUGGCCACGCUGCAGCAGUGCUGCUGCUCCUCCCACUCUUUGCUGCCAGCGCUGCGCCUCGCAAACGCCCUUCUCGUGCUGCUGCUGCAGCAGGGAUACCCAGCUUUAGAUGCUGCUGCAGCGCAACUCGAAAUGCAGCAGCAGCAGCAGCAGCACCAACAGCGGCAGCAGCAGCAGCGCCAGCCAGGCUUCUUCAGCUGGGACCAAACGCACUACCUCACAGCCAGGCAGCCCUUGCUCCAGGCAGCAGCAGCAGCACCAGCAGCAGCAGCAGCAGCAGCAGCAGCAGCAGCAGGAACAUCAGUAACACAAAAUACGUCUGGGCAGCUGCAGCGGCAGUUACAGCUGUGGUCUCCUUCUCACACUCCUCCUCAGUGCCACUUGCAGCUGCAGCAGCAGCAGCAGCAACACGCGCUGCUGGUCUGUUUGCUGAAGUGCUGCCUUGCCGCGCAGGAUGCUCUACGGAGCAUUUCUGGCCCUCGUGAUGGGCUGCAGCAGCAGCAGCAGCAGCAGCAGCAGCAGAAGCAAAGAGAGUCCGAGUCUUCAUGGGAUAAGUUGAUCCCCUUAGCAGACAGAGCCGCAUGGCUUUCCUUCCUGGCUGCUGCGACUGCAGCUAGCAGCAACAUCUGCAGCAGCAGCUACAGGGAGGCCCAAUGGGAGGACAGCAGCAGCAGCACGAGCAGCAGCAACAGCAGCGGCAGCAGCAGCACAAGCUGCCAGAUCGCCUCCUUCUCCCCGUUGCUGCAAGCUUCACCGAUCUGCAGCAGAGAGCCUUCUGUCGUUUUAGGUAGCGCAGCUGCAGCAGCAGAAGCGGCAGCCAAAGCAGCUUCGCCUGCCACCCCAGCAGCAGAAGCGCAUGCAGCAGCAGCAGCAGCAGCAGCAGCAGCAGCAGACUGCGCAGCAGCAGAUGCAAAGAGCUCCCUCAGGGCUGCAGGCAUUCCAGUGGGGGCGCCCCACUUAGCAGCACUUGCUGACAUUUUGCCUCCCCACGCAGCUGUUAUGAGGGGUCUUCUGCAGCUGCACGAGCAGCUGAAAAGAGUGCGACAGCGACUGCAGCAGCAGCAGCAGCAGCAGCAACAGCAGCAGCAGCGGCAGCAGCAGCAGCAGCAACAGCAGCAGCAGCGGCAGCAGCAGGAGCCAGGGUGGGAGGCCGUGGCUGCGGCAAGUGAGCAGACCUUCGUCGGCGUUUGGACUCUGUCCGUGCUUCAGUGCUGCAGCAAUGAGCAGCAGCAGCAGAAGCAGCAGCAGCAGGUGCAGCAGCAGCAUGUGCAGCAGCAGCAGCACACCAAGUGGGUGCGAAUGCUCUGCGGCUUCGCCAUAGAAAGGCUUUGUGGCCCCCAGCCUGCUGGUGGGCUGUGUAGAGUGCUUUUGGCGCUGUGCGAGCUGCUGCGUCUCCAGCAGCAGCAGCAGCAGCAGCAGCAGCAGGAACAGCAGCAGCUGCUGCACCAAGGCCAGCAGACACAGCAAGAUCAGCAGCUGAGACGGACAGCUGUGCAGCAGCAGCAAAAUGAGAACGCGCAGCCACAGCCACAGCAGCUUGGCAGCCCGCGCCUUGCUGAGGACUGCAGCAGCAGCAAAUUUGUCUCCCCGCACAAACGCAGUUCCAGCAGCAGCAGCAGCAAGCGCUGCUGCUGCAGCUGCUGGCACUGCAUGCUUGCUGCCUUGGUGACCUUGCUGCAGUGGGCAGAAGCCGUGACAGACUCAUCUGCUGCUUUUGCGGCUGCUGCAGCAGCUGCGCUGACGCACUCGGCUGCUGUGCUGCAGCAGCUGUUUUUGAACGCAUGCACUGGGUUUCUCGCGCAGCAGCAGCACGAGCAGCAGCAGCACGAGCAGCAGCAGCAGCAGCACGAGCAGCAGCAGCACGAGCAGCAGCAGCAGCUGCUGCUGCUGCCAAACAACCCCGCUCAAGCUCAGGCUGCGGGGAGCCGUAACGCCGCCAACCUACACAAAGCAGCAGGAAUGCAGCAGCUGCUGCUGCGGCUGCUGGCAGCAGCAACAGCAGCAACAGCAGCAGUGACGGCUGGGGAUGUGUUGCUGCUCCGCCGAGCAGCAAACUGCUGCAUCGACUGCCUUUCUGAGAUUGAGUCUGGGCUGCUUGCUCUAGAGGUUGUAGCAGCAGCAGCGGCAAAGCCUGCUGCUGCUGCUGGUACUGCAGCUGCUGCUGCUGCUGCUGCAGCUGCUGCUGCUGCUACUUCACCUCGGCUUGAUGUUGCUACCCGGCAGCCUGCUAGUGAUGGCGGCUGCGGCUGCGCUGCUGCUGCUCUGUUUAACACAAGUCAACCAAAUGAAGUUUUGAGAGUUGUUUGCAGCAAGCUGCUGCUGCUGCUGCUGCCCUUUUGCUGCUGCCCUGCUGCUGCUGUGCGGCAGCAGCAGCGAGCUCUGGAGAGGCAGCUAGGCGCAAUCCCUUCUCGCUCCCCCCUGCUGCUGCUGCAGAUCUCCUCUCGCCUUUUGCUGCUACUUGGUCAGCGUCAGCAGCAGCUGGAGGCGAUGCCGCGAGAGCCAGUAGAGGCGCAGCAGCAGCAGCAGCAGCAGCAGCAGCAGCAAGAAGAACAGUGGCCAUGCCUGGGGCAAGGCGGCCUUUGCCUUACGGCCUGGCAGCAGCAGCAGCAAGCUGCUGCUGGCAGCAGCAGCUGCUUUCUUUUAGCAUCCGCUGACCUGGAGUGUCUCUCCACCUGCCGGACGUUCCCCAAGCCCCUUGUCAGAGCCCUAGCAGCAGCAGCAGCAGCAGCAACAGCAGCAACAGCAGCAAAAGGGACAAAGCUUCCCUGUGCAUCUGCAGCAGCUGCUUCUGAAGAGCAGCUCAACUGCAAAGAUGCUGCACAUGUCUUUCUUUGGGACUGCAGCUCAAACAACGCAGCGUUACGUUCGCUGCUUCGUCCACAGCAGCAGCAGCAGCAGCAGCAGCAGCAGCAGCAGCGUGCAUCCCCUUUCACCUCUUCUGCUGCAAAUGCACCUGCCUCCGCGCUUUUGCGCAGCAGCAGCUGCAGCACGCCUUCCCUGCUGCAGCUGCUGCGGCAGCAGCAGUGGCUGCAGUGGUGCAUAGCUGUGGCCUCAGGGAGGGCAGCACAGCUCUCCAGCAGCUGCUGCUCGCCGCCGCCGCAGCAGCAGCAGCAGCAGCAGCAGCAGCCGCAUCAGCAGCAGCCGCAUCAGCAGCAGCGGCGGCAAACUCACCAGCAGCAGAAGCAACAGCCACAGCAAGAAGAGCUGCAGCAGGAGCAGCAAAAAACAGCAAUGGUUAAUGCCGCAGCUGCUGGCGUAGUUGCUGCUGCUGACUGCGCUGAUAACGGAAGAGCAGCACGAGAGACAGCAGCAGCAGCAGCAGCAGCAGCAGCAGCAGCGCCGUCUCAGCAGCAGCAGCAAGAUCGACUUGCUUUCUUACAGAAUUGGUGGGGAGAACGGUGGCUACUAGAGAAACGCAGCGAGGAGUGGCAGCAGCAGCUGCUGCUGCUGCUGGGGCCCUCUGUUCUGCUGCUGCAGGGCUGGCCCGUGCUGCCGCUGCGGGAAGUCCGCCCUCUACCAAACAGCCUUGCUGCAGCAGCAGCAGAGGAGCAGCGGAUGCCGGCAGCAGCAGCAGCAGCAGCAGCAGCGGCAGCGACUGCUGCUGCUGCUGCCAAUGUGGAACUAAAGCAUCGAGCCGCAGCAGCAGCAACAGUUCAAGAUGCUGCGCUGCUGCAGAGGCUGGAAGCUCCUGUUUCCCUCAUUCUUCGCUGGCUAGAAGGGUGGUCCGGCGAAGCCUCCACGAGGCAGCAGCAGCAGCAGCAGCAGCAGCAGCAGCACGAGCAAAUCCCUGACUGGUUAGUGUGCACAUGCGGCGACUUGAACGGAGGAGCAGCAGCAAGCAGCAGCCCGCCGUGCCCAGCAGCCAAGCGGCAGCAGCAGCAGCAGAAACCCCUUCUGCGGCCCCUAAGGGAGUGGGCUGCCCACGCUGCUGCUGCUGCUGCUGCUGCUGCUGUGCUGCCAGCCCUGGCUGCAGCUUGCUGCAGCUUGUGCUGCACAGCAACACUCUCCAUACAAGCACACGAAGAUGAACGUUUGUGGGCCUUCGCCAUUCUGCAGCACCACAGGGCGGUAUCUAGAGACCUCCAUUCACACCUGCAGCAGCAGCAGCAGCAGCAGCAACAGCAGCAGCAGCAGCAGCAACAGCUUGCCUUUGAGGUAUACGGGGAGGAAGACAUCGAGCAAGCGCUGCAGCGCAAACUGCCGCCUCAUCCGCAUGCCCAGCCUGGUAGGGAGAGUGAAGCAGCGGCAGCAGCAACACCAGCAGCAGCAGCAGCAGCAGCAGGAGUUACUGCUGCUGCUGCUGCUUCUGCAGGUGCACAGACGGCUCACACUCCUUCAAAGUCAUUGAGAAGAGCAGCAGCAGCAGCAGCAGCAGCAGCGCGACUCGGCACACCAAGUCGACAAAGAUCCGCCAACACGGCAGCAUUAACGGCAGCAGCAGCAGCAGCAGCAAGAGCAGCAACUGCUGCUGCCUUCACGCCGAAAAGCAGCAAAUCACAAAGCACUAUUUGUGCUGCUGCUGCAGUGGCAGCUGGUUGCCUCAUGGGCAGCAGUCCGUUCUCUGCCGCCGCCGCCGCAGCAGCAGCAGCAGCAAGAUCAGGGCAAAGGCGCCCCCGUGCACAGCAGCAGCAGCAACAGCAACAGCAGCAGCAGCAGCAAGAGCAGCAGCAGCAGCAGCAGCAGCAGCGUGGACCCACGGCUGAUGAGCAUGAAUUGACAAUGAGGUUCAGAGAAGAGAUGCUGCAAAUAGAAGGCGGCUGCCUGUGUCUUUCUCUGGAGGCUUUGGGGCUGUUGCUGCUGCGCAUCCUUUCCCCCGUGCUGCAGCCAGCAGCAGCAGCAGCUGCUGCUGCUGCACUGUUGCAGCCAUCGUACCUCUGUAUGCCACUGCAGCAGCAGCAGAAUGCGAUAGCCUUGCUGCGGCAGCUGGCUGCCAGCUUCCUCUGCUGCGUUGUCUUGAGGCUGCAGGCUGUGGGGUCUGCUGCUUGCUGCAGGAGGCAGCAGCAGCAGCAGCAGCAGUCUCAGCAGCAGCUGCAGCAGCCGCAAAGUGAAAGAGGCCCAGCUGCUGACGACGGCGCGGCUGAGGCAGCAUCUUGUAGGGGCAGCGUCAGUCGCUGCUGCGAGAGCCUUUGCUGCUGCUGCAGCAGCGGCCCUGCCACAGUUAGACAGCGAGCUGGCAGCAGCAGCAGCAGCAGCAGCAGCAGCAGCAAGGGCGUUGUGGAUAUUGAGCGCCCCUUGUGGGCCACGGGCUGCGAGCCUGUCUCCUUAUACCUUCACUCUGCGCUGCUGCAGCUGCCCGUAGAAGGCCUCGGCUUGCUGCAGCAGCAGCCCUUAUGCCGGGGCGUGCACCCAGGAGUUGCUGCUGCGCUGCUGCAGCUGCGUGCAGAACGCGUACAGCAGCAGCAGCAGCAGCAGCAGCAGCAGCAGGGCACUCCAGCAGCAGCAGAUGCAGCUUCAAGAGAUGGGAUACAAAGAGUUGAGUCAGCUCAAGACAGGCAGCAGGCAACGCCGCGACGCCACUUACCUGCUGCUGCUGCUGGCUGCACCACAGUGGCAGCAGCAGGAGCAGCAGCAGGAGCAGCAGCAGGAGCAGCAGCAGGAGCAGCAGCAGGAGCAGCAGCAGGAGCAGCAGCAGCUGUGACCCCCGGUGUACGGACACCCAGAAGCUGUUGCCGCCUGGAGAGGCUUGGCUGCUCUUCUUGCCCAACACCGGCUUUGCUGCAGAGCAGCGCGCGAGCAGCAGCAGCAGCAGCAGCAGCAGCAACAGGUGUUCCGCAUCGCCGCGCUGCCGCAGCUGCCGCGACUGCAGGACUUGCAGCUUACUGCCACACGCAGCAGCAGCAGCAGCAGCAGCGGCAAAAAGUGUCGCUCAUGGAUUUUAAUCUCCAGCUGCAAGACCCGCCCGCUGGAGACAGCAGCAGCAGCAGCAGCAGCAGCAGCAGCAGUGAUGUGUCAGUGCUCUGUCCGCUGCUGUACGGCGACGUGCUGCAACGGUGGAACCGCCGUCUCAGCAGCAGCAGCAGCAGCAGUAGCAGCAGCAGCAGCGCCAGCAGCAAGGACAUUACUGGCUUGCAUACUGACAGCAGCAGCAGCAGCAGCAGCGCAAGCAGCAGCAGCAGCAGCGCGCCUUGUGGCGCAGACAGCUGCAGCAGCAGCAGCAGGACCCCGCGCGGCCCAGGCAACUACGACACCAGCAGCAGCAGCAGCAGCAGCAGCAGCAGCAGCAGCAGCAGCAGCAGCAGCAAAUGCGGAAAUGUCUUGUUGGGCGGCGUGGGAGUCUGCAUAAAUCCCUCAGGAGAGCUGCUGCGGACUUUCCGCUGCUGCUUCCCUUUCCUGCAGUGGGGGUUCAGCUGCUGGCGGGGAGCUGUCAACAGGCCUCCCCGAGGUGGCGCUGCGCUGCUGCUGCUGCUGCUGCUGCUGCUGCUGCUGCUGCUGCUGCUGCUGCUGCUGCUUCAGAGGCUGUUUCGUUUGCUAGGCACGGAGCUGCUGCAGCUCCCACUGGCCGUGCAGCUCCCGUUGGAAGUGCCGCUGCUAGUCUGCUGCUGCUGCUGCGCGAGUUGCUGCACUGAGAGGCGCAUGGCCUGUUGGUCUGUUGCUGCUGCUGCUGCUGCUGCUGCUGCAGAGAACGAGUGGCUGUCGCUGCUGCUUAGCGCCGAAGUCUUCCUCUACUGCGGGCACCAGGGAGGCGAGCAGUUCGUGGAUAUGUCUCUGCUGCAGCGUUGUUUGUUGCUUCCGGAGGAGCCGUCAGCAGCAGCAGCAGCAGCAGCAGCAACUGCUGCUGCUGCUGCUGCGCAGGCGCCGCAGCCAAGACCUGCAGCACAGGCGGCUGUGCUGCUCUGCGGCUGCAGCAGCGCCCAACUCCGCAGCAGCAGCGACGGCGGAGAGCCAACAGGGACAGUCGUCGACUAUCUUUGUGCAGGAUGGUGA